AUGGGCUCGUCUCGGGCACCCUGGAUGGGGCGUGCGGGCGGGCGCGGGAUGAUGGCACUGCUGCUGGCUGGUCUCCUCCUGCCAGGGACCUUGGCUAAGAGCAUUGGCACCUUCUCAGACCCCUGUAAGGACCCCACGCGUAUCACCUCUCCUAAUGACCCCUGCCUCACUGGGAAGGGUGACUCCAGUGGCUUCAGUAGCUACAGUGGCUCCAGCAGUUCUGGCAGCUCCAUUUCCAGUGCCAGUGGCUCCGGUGGUGGCUCCAGUGGAUCCAGCGUUGCCCAGGGUGGUUCUGCAGGAUCUUUUAAGCCAGGAACAGGGUAUUCCCAGGUCAGCUACUCCUCCGGAUCUGGCUCUAGUCUACAAGGUGCAUCCAGUUCCUCCCAGCUGGGCGGCAGCGGCUCCCAGUCCGGCAGCAGCGGCUCUCACUCGGGAAGCAGCGGCUCUAAGGCGGGAAGCAGCGGCUCUAAGGCGGGAAGCAGUAGCCCUCACUUGGGAAGCAGCAGCUCCCAUUCCAGCAGCAGCAGCAGCUUUCAGUUCAGCAGCAGCAGCUCCCAAGUAGGGAGUGGCUCUGCUCUGCCAACCAGUGACAACGCUUACCGCGGAAUACUCAACCCUUCCCAGCUUGGACAAAGCUCUUCCUUUUCCCAGACCUCUGGGGUGUCCGGCAGUGGCCAAAGGGUCAGCUCCAACCAGCGCCCCUGUAGUUCGGACAUCCCCGACUCUCCCUGCAGUGGAGGGCCCAUCAUCUCACACUCUGGCCCCUAUAUCCCCAGCUCCCACUCUGUGUCAGGCGGUCAGAGGCCUGUGGUGGUGGUGGUGGAGCAGCACGGUUCUGGUGGCCCUGGAGUGGUUCAAGGUCUCCCCUGUAGCAACGGUGGCCUUCCAGGCAAGCCCUGUCCCCCAAUCACCUCUGUAGACAAAUCCUAUGGUGGCUACGAGGUGGUGGGUGGCUCCUCUGACAGUUAUCUGGUUCCAGGCAUGACCUAUAGUAAAGGGAAAAUCUACCCUGUGGGCUACUUCACCAAAGAUAACCCUGUGAAAGGCUCUCCAGGGGUCCCUUCCUUUGCAGCUGGGCCCCCCAUCUCUGAGGGCAAAUAUUUCUCCAGCAACCCCAUCAUCCCCAGCCAGUCGGGAGCUUCCUCAGUCAUUGCGUUCCAGCCAGUGGGGACUGGUGGGGUCCAGCUCUGUGGAGGCGGCUCCACAGGCUCCAAGGGACCCUGCCCUCCCUUCAGUUCUCGAGUCCACAGCAGUUCUAGCAUUUCCAGCAGCUCCGGUUCACCCUACCAUCCCUGCGGCAGUGCUUCCCAGAGCCCCUGCUCCCCACCAGGCACCGGCUCCUUCAGCAGCAGCUCCAGUUCCCAGUCCAGUGGCAAAAUCAUCCUUCAGCCUUGUGGCAGCAAGUCCAGCUCUUCUGGUCACCCUUGCAUGUCUGUCUCCUCCUUGACACUGACUGGGGACCCCGAUGGCUCUCCCCAUCCUGAUCCCUCUGCUGGUGCCAAGCCCUGUGGCUCCGGCAGUGCUGGAAAGAUCCCCUGCCGCUCCAUCCGGGAUAUCCUAGCCCAAGUGAAGCCUCUGGGGCCCCAGCUAGCUGACCCUGAGGUUUUCCUACCCCAGGGAGAGUUACUCGACAGUCCAUAA